GUCAUGAUGGUUGAAUUACUAGACUUCAAAACUUUCACCAAUAUCCUAUCUCCUACACGUAUAAUAAUGCCUACCCGCAAACGUAUACAUUGUACGCCUGAUGAUAUUAAAGAGCUCCUGGGUUGGCUUACGAUUCCAGAACACCGGAUGGAAGAGACUCACCAGCUCGAGGUAAAACACCACCGUCUGGAACUUGCCAUCGUUGAACAUCAAGCAGAAGAAGAGUAGUGCUAAUCAAUCCGCCUGCUGCUGUUCCUUACUCGUAUGGGAACAUUCUCAAAGCGUAAUGUCCAAUUCAAAAGGAUUGUUGUGAUUUCGGGUACGAUACACUUAGAUAGACAGCCUCCUGCAACUGUCUAGAAUACGUUUUACUCUCCAAGCACCUUUCCACGACGUAUAUUGAACGUAUGAAUAUGCUGUAUGAAAGGAGGAAGAAGGAAUCGCCAGGU